AUGCACCACUCGAUGCAUCAGAUCCACCCUUCAACCCCUUACCCCCUCCACCCUCCCCACCCCGCCAGCCAGUCGUCGUACACCCUCCCCACCACCAUGGAGGCCACGCCGACCCCGCACAACCAGACCGCCGCCCACUCGCCCGCCUCGUCCAUCGCCACCGACGGGCCCCCGGGCUACGACACCGCCGCCGUCGUCGAGCUACUCAAGACCAAGCGGAAACCCCGCACCACCAAAUCCUGCUUCCCUGCCGCUACCGCAAAGUCAACUUCAAAGGCCCCGUUACCGACGUCGGUAGCGUCGUCUCGCGCCUCGAACGCAUCGAAGAGCGCAUCCACACCCUCAAAAGCGACCUCCUCCGCCAAGCCCGCAACACCUCCCCGAAUCCCCCGCGCCUGGCAACGCUCGCAAUCCGGCCUCCCCGACCCGGCCUACACGCCCAUCAUCAAAGCCGAGCCGGGCGGUUUCCGCUCGCCGCCGCCCGCCGGAUUCGCGGGUCCCGCUAUGGGCGCGGGCGCAGGCGCGGCGCUGGGCGACCACUUUGUCGAGGCGUCGACGGGCGCCACCAUCUUCAUCGGGGAUUCGUCGGAUCCUCCGCUCGCGCUCGGCUGUACGCGGCUGACGUACGCGUUUGCCAACUUGUGGGCGCCCGAGACGUCCCUCAACGAUAUUGUUCGGGCGUUGCCUAGUGAUGCGGAUAUCAUCCGGUCCAUACUGGCAAACCUACCAGGCCUACGUGCACCCUUCUAUCCGGCGCUCGUGGCCCAUCAGCGCUUCGGCGCCCAGCUCUUCUCCUUCCUCGACUACAAGCUCGCCGCCGGUCCUGACAGCGGACUACCAGAAGGCAUCACGCCCUCGUGGGUGGCCCUGCUCUUCAGCGUGCUCGCCUGCGGGGUACAAUUCUCUGCCGACCCCAUCAAAGAGCGAGACCUCCGCUCCAAAGUAUUCGGUUCCACCGACUUGGACCAGGUCCAGACCAUGGCCCUGCUGGGUCACUGCCUACGAAACAAUCUCGACAUGAACAGCUCCUGGGUUCUCAUGGGCACCACAAUUCGCCUCGCCCAGAGCAUCGGUCUACACAUGGAGUCCGCCGCCGCCAUGACGCCGGGUCGCUCCGUCACUGAAAGUUACUACAGACGCCGCCUUUGGUGGAUGCUCAUCUGGCAGGACACCUUCCUAUCUCUCACCUACGACCGCCCACCCGCCAACACCUACACCCACGCCCCCAUCCCGGCCGACUGCGCCGAGGAAGACAGCGGCGCCGGCCCCGGACGCACCUUUGCCGACUGCAUCCUCCAACUCUGCCAAGUCGCCAUGGAGCGCGCCCGCGAGGACGCCACCCUCCCUCCCGGCGGCGGCGCUGACGGCAACGACCCCGUCGCGCGCCUCCACCGCAACAAGCAACGUCUCCAAGCCGUCGUCGACUCGGCGCAGUCUUUCCUCGUCGACAAGGCCCGCUGCCGCAGCCUGCAAGAGCACCUGGAACGACUCGCCCUCGACAUCCACCUAGGCUACAUGACGUGCCGCCUGUACCGGCAAUGCCUCGAGAACCCGGACCCCACCGUGGUCGACCAGCCCAUGCGCGACGGCCUCGCCCGCGAGUACGCCGCCCACGCCGCCCGCGUCGUCCGGUCCUUCCUCGACAUGUUUCGCCUGUCGUCCGUCGUCUGCCGUUCCUGGGAUUUCGUCCACUACGUCGCCAGCUCGUGUCUCCCUCCGCGCCACUUACCCUUGGUGUCGCCGCUCGUGCGCGAGGAGAUUUCGCGCUCCUUUCGCCCGCUCGUGCACCAGCUCAUCUCUGUUCUCGAGGACGAGGUGAGGAAGUCGGAGUGGUACGAUGCGGAUACCAACGUGCGUCAGUAUGGGCCGUAUUCCCAGGUGGUCAAGGCGCUGAAGCAAACGUACGAGGUGGUGUAA